AUGAUUGCGCGUAAAACAGCAGUGCCUGUGCUGGGCCUUGCGGCACCCAGGCCAAACCUCAUGGCCACCCGCAGCUUCUCUACAUCCCAGAUUCUGAGAAAUGCAGGGACAACUCUGCCUCUGAGAAAGCCCGUGGGUGCAUUCCGUGGCGGCGUGUUUGGGUUCCUGUUAGGAACUGUUGCCGCCGGUGCCUCGGUCUACUAUUACAUUCUGGGCGAGUACAGAGUCACAAACCAGCUGCUGACUGAGGAUAUCUUUGCUCUCCAAGCAGCCACUCAAAGACUGCAGACAUACGUGACCGAACUGGAAACGAAGAUCGACCAAUUACAGAAAAAGAAAUAA